GCCAGUCGCUCGCUCCGUCAGUCAGUCAGUUUGUCAGUGGCAAAGUGCAAUCAGUGGCCCAGCGUACGGACGUCAGCCUGUUUUUUCCAGCGGCCCUUGUGGAACUCCUUUGUGGGGAGAGGCUGUGCAAUCCUCGGCAGUGCUCCGAGAUUGUACGGCUCUGCCCGGGUCCCCAAGCAAGUGUCUGUCCGUCGAACUGCUGCCGCCCGACUCACCUUCACUCUUCAGCCUGCAAUCCCCACGCACUUUGUGUUUUUGCCUUGAAGUUUGUUUGUUUGUUUUGUUUUGUUUUUUGUUUGUUUGUUUUCUUUUUGUUUGGUUGGACCCUCGGGCGCAAUUGUUGUCGUUACUAAGAUGACAGUAGACAAGGAGAAGAAGAGGAGCAGCUCGGAGCGUCGUAAGGAGAAGUCUCGUGACGCCGCUCGCUGCCGCCGCAGUAAAGAAACGGAAGUCUUCUACGAGCUGGCUCACCAGCUCCCGCUGCCACACAGCGUCAGCGCUCACUUGGACAAAGCAUCCAUCAUGAGGCUCGCCAUCAGCUUUCUGCGCACGCGACAACUCUUUGCCACAGGGUGCAAUGGCAGCGAUGACGAACAGAUGAGCAGCUUGUACCUCAAGUCUCUGGAGGGCUUCAUCACCGUGGUAACGUCGGACGGCGACAUGAUCUUCCUGUCAGAGAACAUCAACAAGUUUGUGGGCCUCACGCAGGUGGAGUUGACUGGCCAAAGCAUCUUUGACUUUACGCACCCGUGUGACCACGAGGAGAUCAGGGAGAACCUCAGCCUGAAGACAAGCGGCAGCGUCUUUGGAAAGCAGAGCAAAGAGCAAAGCACCGAGCGAGAUUUCUUUAUGCGGAUGAAAUGCACAGUGACCAACAGGGGGCGCACAGUCAACCUCAAGUCGGCCAGCUGGAAGGUGCUGCACUGCACAGGCCAGCUGAAGAUGUACAUGGGCGCCCCGCAGCGUCCGGCCUGCGCAUUCAAGGAGGCGGCACUCACCUGCACUCUUCUCAUGUGCCGACCCGUCCCGCAUCCGGCCAACAUGGAGGCACCGCUCGACAGCAGGACCUUCCUGAGCCGACACGGCAUGGACAUGAAGUUCACCUACUGCGACGACAGGGUAACCGAGUUAAUGGGCUACUCCCCCAAUGAUCUGCUGGGUCGCUCCGUCUACGACUUCUAUCACGCUCUGGACUCAGACAGCGUCAGCAAGAGCCACCACAACUUAUGCAGCAAAGGGCAGGCUGUGAGCAGCCGGUACCGCAUGCUGGCCAAGAGCGGCGGCUUUGUGUGGGUGGAGACGCAGGGCACCGUCAUCUACAACGGCCGAAACGCGCAGCCCCAGUGCAUCGUCUGCGUCAACUACGUGCUCAGUGACAUUGAGGAAAAGAGCACCAUCUUCUCCCUGGAGCAGACCGAGUCGCUGUUCAAGCCCCGACAGGCCGGCGGCUUCUUCACGGGGGAGACCGGCGGCGAGGCGGGCGAGGCGGGCGAGGCGGGCGAGGCGGGCGAGGCGCUCUUCGGCAAGCUCAAAGAGGAACCCGAGGACCUGACCCAGCUGGCGCCCACGCCCGGAGACACCAUCAUCAGCCUCGAUUUUGGCCACCCUCAAUUCGAGGAGCCGUCCCAGCAUACAUCAGUGGCGUACAGCAAGCUCCCCCCAGCCUCUGCGCCCAUUCCGGGGCCUUCAUCCUGGGCCGCCGAGACCCUAACCCCGCUUCCACCGGCUAGCGACGCGUCCAAGGUGGGCACCACGUUCACGGUCCAGCAGACGCCACCUCCCUGCAGCGCCACUCCGAGUCUGAGCAGCUGCUCCACGCCCAGCAGCCCCGGCGACUACUACAGCACUACCGGCGGAGACCUGAAGGUGGAGCUCACGGAGAGGCUCUUCGCUUUGGACACCGCCGAGUGUGACGGUGCCACAAACGCUGAGAGGGACUUGAGCGACUUUGACCUGGAGACAUUGGCUCCGUACAUCCCCAUGGACGGAGAGGACUUCGAGCUCAGUCCCAUCAUCCCUGAGGCCGAGCCCCUGGAGAAGGGCGACGCCACUUUCCCCCCCUCCCAGCAGCAGAGUUUCAGCAACAUUGCCAGCCUCUUCCAGCCCCUCUCCCCGCCUCAUCGGCAAGGCCGCUACCGUCCGCCGCCCGCCACUGCCUGGGCUCCGGGCGAGGGGCGCGCCCCCGGGCGGGGGGCUCUGGACCCGAGGGCCGGGAGGUCAUACAUGAUGGGCCGCGUGCAGAACCCGCCCUACCGAGCCCCAGCUAGCACCCCUCUGUCCUCAAUGGGGGGCAUUCAGAACCUGCAGUGGCCCCCGGACCCGCUGUUGACGUACGGGCAACAGGCUGCCGGUGAGGCCUACGCGACAACCGAGCGGCGGUGGCCGCCUUGCCCGCAGGACCUGCUGCGCAGCGUCAUGAGCAAAGAAAGGUGCUCUGAGGACUUUGUCCGCAAUAACAGAGACAUGAGUCCAGCCAGCAGCAUCAAGCGCUCCUUCAGUCAAAUGUCGGGUGAUAUCAAGACAUCAGAAAGCAUCUGGAAAAAGAUGAGAGGCGAGCUGGGAAGUGGAACGCCGUCUGUGCCUGAGCUUGGGCUGGGCAAGAUGUUGCCUGGCAACAGGACUCCGCACUGCAAAAUUUUGCAGCAGAACUGGAAGUCUGACUUCCCCGGAAACAUGACAGGUGCGGCCGGUCGCCUGCUGUGCCCGUCAGCCGAGCGCACCUUCCUGCCUGAGUUGACCCGCUUUGACUGCGAGGUCAACGUGCCACUGCCGGGCAACCUGCACCUCCUCCAAGGCUGCGACCUGCUGCGAGCCUUGGACCAGGCCACCUAGAAGUCUGCCGGCGGAGCUCCGCGGAGACUCUUGGCCCGGCCCGGCCUGGCCCGACCGCCGCCUUCGUGCUUAGCUAACUCAUCAGAGCAUUUGGCCAUCUUUAUCGUUGUCCGGUUGGGAUGCUGUAAAACGCGACCCGUGGCCAUUCCGUCCAUCCGUCUGUCCUUGCUGGACUUAAAGCCCAUGGUCCUCACGCGAGAGAUGCCGCACAAGCCUACUCACAUUUUUAGGACCACUUUGUAAAAAACUUGAGCCAAAAUUGCGAUGAAAAAAAAAAGAUGGCAAGCAAAGCCAAGUCUGGAAAAUACUUGCCCAAAACAUUUCAGGUCUCAAUCAAUCUCAACGCAAAUUGAGCCAAAAUGUCAACGUGAUAAAAAGAAAAGGCUUUAUUCUCGAGCUGCAACUAAAGAUUACUUUAAUAAUUGAUGAAUGUGUUGGGAGCUUCUCUCAAUUCAGUAAUUGGAAUUUUGAAAACAUUGAAAACAGGAAAUUCAGACAACAAUGGAUUGGCAAUCACUUGCUGGCUUGGUCUGCAGCAGCCGGCUGUCCAGCUAGCCAGCCAGCUAGCCAGCCGGCCAGCCAGGAUCUGACCGCCUUUUUCUCACUAGGGUUGCGGCUGCUCUGUAACAUUCAUGAGAAAAUGGGCGCAAAUGUGCUGUUGAUUCAACAAAGAAGCGGCCUUACUUGAUGCUAGACUACCCAAAUUGGAGAGUAUUUACUGACGCUUCCAGAAUUUCUUUUUUUCUACAAUUUCCCCCAAUUAGCAAAAUUGAUGAUGAUUCCAAUUUUGCAUCGCAAACCGAUUUUUUUUUUUUUUUGCUGUAAAUUUCAAACAAAAGUUUUAGUCCGAGAAAGAAUCCACUCGUUUUUUUUGUUUUUUCAACUGUCACGCAAUACUCGAACUUUGAUAUGCUCCACUUGUAUUGUUUUUGCGUAACCAACCACAAGGUGUUGACUUUUUCUUGUAACAGUCUUUGUCCGUGCGCUGGUCAUGUCACGAUGCGAAGGCUUGGCCUGGCUUGGCCUGGCUUGGCUUGGCUUGGCUUGGCUUGGCUUGGCUUGGCUUGGCUUGGCUUGGCUUGGCUUGGCUUGGCCUGGCCUGGCCUGGCCUGGCCCGGGCUGGCCCGGCCCGGCCCGGGCUCGGCUCGGCUCGGCUAGUUGCCACAGGAGGAUUACAGCCACAUUGGGGGACAAGAAAAAUCAUACAAUUGGAUGUAACAGCAUCAUUACUCUUUCGGAAGAAAAAAGGUCUUUGUUGCCAAAAUGCAUGUAUUGUUCAAAGAGCACAUUUGCACCAUGUAACAGUUUUCUCUCUUUAUUCUUAUAAAAAUAAUGCUAUAUUCUAAUAUUUUUGUCUGUAUAAAUUAACAAUUUAUUCUCACUCUAUAAUCAUCCUAUUAUAAUUUCAUUUGUUAACUUUCCCCCCUCAUAUCUUUUAUUCUUCAGUAGUACAAAUUCAAGAUGAAAUGAAGGUCCUUCUUUCCUUUAAAAUGACAUCUUCAAAUGACUAGCCGGUAUUUAUUUCAAAAUUGCAGCUCAAGUGAUGUCAAGUUUGACCUUUGAGUAAACUGUUGAAGACUUGCCACUUUUUAAGGACAAUAACUUUUUUUAUUCUAUUCCAAACUUAAUGCUCUUAAUAUGAAAAUGUUGCGCUUAAAAUUGCACAUAAUAAUAGUAAUAUAUUUUGAUUUAAUUCUUGUGUGAUUCCCACUUUGGUCUCGUAAAACAAAUAAUAGAUUUUUGUCAGAUUUGAGUUGUAAAAUUCUGUAAUAUCAUUUUUUCAUGAACAUUUUUUUGUUUCCUCCAUUGUCCUGAAAUUGCUUCUUGAUUUCGGUAAGCUGGAAACUGCCACGAUGAGGAGUUUGUUCUCGAUAAAUCCGAGUGUGUUUUCUCGUAAAAUGGCAUUGUUACGAUUGAAAUAUUUUGACUUUAUAAGAGUGAUACGGCAAGUUAUUUCAUGUGCAAGACUCGUGAAUUUUUUUUUUCUCCCUCUUCCCCGUUUAUUGUGUUUUCCCCUUGUCAAAUUCCAACUUGAUCGUAUUUUGCCUUGGAGUGCCAAUUUGGAAAGUGACCAAAUUAAUCUGACUUUGAUCGGUUAAAUUCUGACCUUUUAUCUGGUGACUGCAACUUUGUUCAUGAUGUCAGUAUUUUGACCCCGUUGAGUUCUUUUAUUUGUGAUUCUGAGACUCUUGAAAUGUUUUUUGUUUUGUUUCAGCUUUAUUAUUGUGCCGUUUGGACUGAAUGUUUUUGUUGUUGUUUGCCGUUAGAUGUGGCCCUAAUCCUCCUUGGUAAGGGUGGGGGUGGGUGGGGAAGGGUCAUUCCAACCGGCGCCGCUGGACAACGAGGUGUUUCCUUUUUCCUCUGCUCUUUUUAAAAGGGGUUAAAGUCAACCCUGCCCCAGACAUGUUGAUCAAAAGUUGCCUUUCUCACUCCCAGUCAAUUUAUGUAUGCAUCUGCAGAAUGCUCCAUCAACACCUCUAACCAAAUGAUUUCACAACUCGAGCUAUGCACGCGUGCCCGCAUUUGGAAUGUUGACAGUGGACUUGUAGUGUCCAUGUCUCCCGGUACGUGGUCCUCGCAGCCACUGCUGCACUUGGCUGGCCAAUGUCCCUUCCUUCCUUCCUUCCUUCCUUCCUUCCUUCCUUCCUUCCUUCCUUCCUUCCUUCCUUCCUUCCUUCCUUCCUUCCUUCCUUCCUUCCUUCCUUCCUUCCUUCCUUCCUUCCUUCCUUCCUUCCUUCCUUCCUUCCUUCCUUCCUUCCUUCCUUUACUUCCUUUACUUCCUUCCUUCCUUCCUUUACUUCCUUCCUUCCUUCCUUUACUUCCUUCCUUCCUUCCUUUACUUCCUUCCUUUACUUCCUUCCUUUACUUCCUUCCUUUACUUCCUUCCUUUACUUCCUUCCUUUACUUCCUUCCUUUACUUCCUUCCUUCCUUUACCUCCGUCCUUCCUUCCUUUACCUCCGUCCUUCCUUCCUGCCUGCCUGCCUUCCUUCCUGCCUUACCUACAUCCUUCCUGUUUGGGCUUUACAGAGAAAGAUUAAAAGUUGUUUUCACGUCUGCGAUAUGUAGCAUUUUUGAUAUUGUACAGCAGCCAUCGUGGUUUCCCGUCGAGUGUUUAAGGCCGGCACGAUUGUAGAAUGUGACACGCUCCGUUUGAUUUGAAUUUGUAGCAAUGAGCACUUAGUGCUCGUUGCGUCAUGCUGAUAUUAUGCCAAAGUUUCGUUUGGUUUCUGCCCAAAUGUGCCUUAGCCUCAUCCAGCCCUUCAUUUUGUGCCUUCUAUCGAGAAGACAUUCUCGCCCACAUGGGGUAAUCCCGACUGGAACCCGUCCCGUGCAGUCUAAUCGGACUCCACUCAACCCCCGAUUACGAACGCCACCGGAAGUGUCGCGCAUGCCACCUAUCAAAAGACCUCAGAGUCCUUCAUAGGGCCAUGCAGACACAUUUUGACUCUUGUGAGCACACAACAGAGUUCUUUUGUGACCCCGCCUUUGUAAAAAGCGGGAAGUUGCCACGAGAACCAACAUUGACUCAAAAGACUGAUUAGAAGCACCAGGUGUUGAUGCCUCAGACUAGGUAGUUUAGGUAGUUAUUGUUUAGUUUGUUUUUGUUUGCCAAUCAAAGCCCUGACGGUCUGUCAAUCCAAGUGAAGCUCCUCGCAGGUUUGAAGUAGAACUUUAUUGUAGGCAAAACGCUCAGAGGUGUCAACGGGGGAUUUUGUUUGAUUCAAAAAUUGGGAUUGGUAAGCAACGUUUCUGUAAUGAUUUGACAUUACGCUAGUCGGCGUCAGCCGAACUAUAUAAACGUACGCGGUUGGUGAAUGUAAGCGGCCGUAGUGUAGGACUUGGUUCGGCCGCUUUGAAAAAAAGUAAAGGAAAGAAGUGUCCCUCUAGGGACGCUUAGGCCGGUGGAAGCAAUGCUCACGUUGUCACCAGCGUUAGCAUUGAACGUGGCAGCGCCGUUCCACAUUGGUUCCAUUGUGAAGUAGGAGGUCCUCGAAUGUUUGGGCGUGGGAAAACUAUAUCAGCAUGUUGUGCAUUUAUGUGUCGAGAAACAGGGUUUUAUUUUUUCACUUUGGGAUCCGCUUUCAACUUUUAUUUAGUUGACUGAGCCCAUUCUGCUUUUUGUUCGAAAUGCUAUCAUGCUACACAUAACAUUGUACACGCAGCAUCUAGUCAUUGUUAUUACGGCGAAUGGAACCUGCUCAAAAGUUACUUUUCUGCACUGAUACGUGAUCUCAUUAAAGCAUAUUCUUGACCUGA